AUGUAUAAUUCAAUUGUAAAGGCAGUUAGAAAAACAAUAUCAGCUGAUAAGAACAGAUUCGAAAAUGAAGAAUACGAUUUAGAUCUUACAUAUAUUACAGAACGUGUAAUUGCAAUGUCAUUUCCAGCUGAUGGUGUAGAAAGUGCAUAUAGAAAUUCAAUCUACGAUGUAUCCAAAAUGUUAAACGAAAACCAUAAAAAUAAUUAUUUAAUCUAUAAUCUCAGCGAAAGAAAAUAUGACUAUAGUUUGUUUAAUAAAAGUGUUGUAGAUUGGUGUGGGUUUCCAGAUCAUCAUGCCCCACCAUUGGGAUUAUUAUUUAAAAUUGUUAAAACCAUUUAUGAUUGGUUAGGAAAAGAUCCUUUAAAUGUUGUAAUUGUUCAUUGUAUGGCAGGUAAAGGUAGAACCGGUACAGUUAUAUCAUGCUUAUUGCAAUAUGGUGGAUUAUUUGAUAGUGCAUCAGAUGCCAUGCGAUACUUUGCAGUAAAGAGAUCCAAUAAUAACUAUGGUAUAACAGGUCCAUCCCAAAUUAGAUACACACAAUAUUUCUCAGAGCUCUAUUUAGGUGGAAAAGAUCUUAACCCAAGCCCAGUAUUUUUAAAGUCGAUAUCUAUGGUUACCAUCCCCAAAUUCUUUUUAGGACCACUGAAGCAAGGUAUAUGUCCAGUUUUAAAUAUUUACAGUGCCACUCAAAAAGGUGUUAGAAUUUUUACAAGUGCUCCCAUUGAAGGUGAUACCAAGGAGACUAGAACCUACCAAUCUGGAAAUGCAACUAUUAUAUUCGAAGUUAGAAAGAUCGUUAGAGGUGAUAUUUUAUUGGUAUUCUCUCACAUCACACCCUUUUAUAGAGUAGAGCAAAUAUGCAGAGCAAAUUUUCACACUGGUAUGUUUUCAAUGCCAACUUUAAUUUUAACAAAAUCAGAUUUGGAUGGUGCCGACGGAGAUAAACGAUUUAGUAAUGAUUUUAAUUUAAAAUUAGAAUUUCAAGAAGUUGUAAAUAAUAAUAGUAAUGGUAGUCAAUCACCUUUAAUUGAAGCCUCUACAUCACAAUCAAUUUUAGAGUAUCAAAAAGAAAUUAAAAAGGAAAUAAAGUGGAUUAGACACGAAGCAAUUAAAAAAGACCCCAAAAAUGGCUCAGUCUUCUUUUUACCAAAAAAUAAUUCAGAAAAGAUCAAGCAAGCAAAAGAUAUAGCAUCAAAACAAGGUACAUUCGGUGUCCACAGUGGUUUUCUCUUGAAGAAGGGUCACAAUUUUAAGAGUUGGAGACGUCGUUGGUUUGUUUUGAAGGAUAAUCUUCUAAGUUACUACAAAUCGCCCAAAGAUACUACACCGGCUGGUGUGAUCCCAGUAAACGAAAUUUUGGAUAUAUCAAUUAAAUGCGAGAUUUCCCAACAAGAAGGUCACGAUUACUGUUUCGAAAUUAUAACCCACAAAGCGAGUUACCUCAUCUCUGCCGAAAAUGAAAAGGACUUGGAGGAUUGGACUGAAAUUUUAAACUCUGCUAUAAAAAUGAUUCAAUCUACUGGUAGAUUGUUCAUCGAGAUUUUAGAGGCCAAAUACGAACCAAAUGUUAUUUUACAAUCACUAACUGAUCCUUCCGCCAUCAUCGAUAUCAACGAUCAUCCAAUCGAUAUUAUCACCUACUUAACCAUUCAUCUAGGUAAAAAAAGAGAUACUACAUCCCAUAAAUCCAUGCUUUUCAAUCCAAUCUUUCAAUAUGCCGGUGACUUUGCAAUCUAUAAUGAACCUUGUGACCUUGUAGUCUCGCUUUGGGUGCGAUCUUCUGUUCAAAAUAUUAAAGAUACAUUGGCAGCCGAAUUUGUUUUAAAUCAUAAGCAAUUAAUGUCAAGUUAUAACACCGAGUGGAGAGAAUUCAAUCGUAUCAAAUCUAAUCUUUUAACUAAUAUGUCAUUAAAGUUUGGUUCAGUUUAUCGUUGUGAAUCAGACUUAAGUCUUCAUGAAAAUGCUUUAGGUUCUUUACAAUCACCCAAUCAAUUUUCAAAUUCUCCAGGUUCUUUUAAUUCAAAUGAAAAUAGAAAAUCAAUUAUUCAUCAAUCAGUUUCAUUUAAUCAUAGUUUAUAUCAACAAACACCAAAUAAUAAUAAUAACAAUAUCGAUAAUUCAAAAAUCAUUUCUAAUAAUGGUGGUUUAUCAAAUUCUUUAAAUUUUAAUAGUAUUUCAAAUAAUAAUAAUAAUAAUAAUUUAUCAACAAAUGUUUCUACUUCUGCUCCAUCAACCAAUUAUAUUUUUUUAGCAAAAUCUAGAGAAGAAAAUCAUAGAGCAAAUAGUAUGAAUAGCAACAACAAUAGUAAUAAUAAUAAAAGUUUAAAUAAUAGUAAUGAAACCAAUAGCAACAAAAAUAAUAAUAGUUCCUCAUUAGAUAAAACAACUGCAAUGAAUAGUUAUGGUUUUAGUUUUGAUGGGGAUGAUGAAGAUAAAUUAAUUAAGGCAUUAGAAAAUCAAUUAAAUGACACCCAGGACGAUGAUGAAUUAAUUUCAGAUUUACAAAGUAAAUUAGAUUAUUUCGAAGAUAUAGCUCCAAACGAAGAUGAUAGUUUAUCAGAAUUUAAAAUUAUUAAUAAAUAA